AUGGCUACGCAGUCAUUGAGCUCGUUGCUGCAACGAGCCUCCAUUGACGAUCAUGAAGAGAUGCUCAGCUCCGCCAAUGCGGCGCUGGCAAAGUCCAAAGCAGAUAUCAAUGCCCAGCAUGUCAAGGUGGUGGCCUUGUUGAAACUUGACCGCUACGAGGACUGCCUGCGAGUCUUUGAAGAGAGCGGGGAUGCGUUGAAGAAGAAGGCUGCCUUGGAAUACGCAUAUGCCCUCUACAAGCACGGCCAGCCCGAUGAGGCGAUCAAUGUCGUAUCCCGUAUAGCUCGUGGAAGAGGGGCCAACCAUCUGGAGGCUCAAGCCAGUUAUCGCGCUGAGAAGUUUCGCCGGACCGCUGAGCUUUACGAGGAAUUGGCCAAGGACAAGGCGUCGAUGGGUAAUGAAGAGAACGACCUUCGGAUCAAUUCGUGGGCCGCGGAUGCGCAAUUGCAGUGGAAAGGAUACCCCGAGUCCGUACGACAUGCUAGGCCAACAAGAGAGGAUUUGGAAGCGUUCGAGACUGUAUACAACGCGGCAUGUCUGAGCAUUGCCAAGGGAGAUUUUGCACAGGGUGAAAUGCUGCUGAAACGGGCGAAAGAACUCUGUCGGACCUCGGAAGACCUUACCCCGGAGGACAGGGCCGCUGAGCUGCUUCCCAUUUCCGUGCAGCAGCUGUACGUUUUACUCCGCCAAGGCAAGUCUGAGGAAGCCGAGUCGGUGCUCAAGGAGAUUUCAGUAGAUGAUAUCCCUGAGCUUUCCACCAAGAAGAUUGCCCAACACAAUAUCACCCUCGUUCAAAACACCGCCGCCAAUCCCUAUGCCCUGUACAAAGCCUUGCACCAGACCCCCGACUCCACCGACAACGAUAAGCUCUUUGACUACCAGAAUAAUGUGAUGAUGGGCAAUUCUCACGCCGCGGAUCUUCUAGUACAAAAGUAUGACGGCAUCAUCCGCUCCGCAUCCAAAGUACUGGCCAAAGCAGCCUGUCCCUCGCUCGACGCCAGGACCAACCUGCUCUCGGUCUACAGCGCAGCCGCACACGCACAAGGCCAGUCCGGGCCCAAGGCCCUGAAAGCUAUCCUCCCGGUCUUGGAGAGACGGCCCAAAGACAUUGGGCUGGUCCUGACUGUCGUUCAGCUCUACGUCAAUGCAGGCAAUACUACUUCCGCCAUCAACACGCUGGAGAAACUGCUCCAGAACCUCGACGAGUCCAUUGCCGAGCAGGAUAAGGACAUCCGCUUCAGCCCUGGCCUCCUUACGGUGCUGGUGUCCUUGUACAAGCUUGAAGGCCGCAAGGGUCAGAUUCGGUCAGAGUUGGCCAAGGCAGCCAACCACUGGCGAAACCGCGCCGAAGCCCCCGUACCCCUCCUCCGCGCCGCAGCGGCGUCGUUACUACACUCCUCUGACCACGCAGACCUAACCCUCUCAGGAGAACUGUUCAAGGAUCUGUACCAGAAUAACAACGGCGACCAAUUCGCAGUGGCCGGCUACGUCGCCUCGCAGGCCACCCUCGACUACUCCAAGGUCGAGUCGCAGCUCGAAAGCCUCCCAGCUGUCGAUGAUCUGAUCGCAGACGUUGAUAUUGCCGCCCUGGAGCAAGCGAGCAUCUCUCCUUCCUCGGCGACAGCGGCAGCCGCUGCCGCCGCGAUCGCCGGCGCGAGGAAGAGGACUGCAGCGGAGAGCCAGACCCGGGCGACGAAACGGGUCAGGAAGUCGCGUCUUCCUAAGGACUACGAUCCGAACAAGGCUCCCGAUCCGGAACGCUGGUUACCUCUCCGCGACCGGUCCACAUAUCGGCCCAAGGGGCGGAAGGGCAAGCAGCGUGCUGCUGAGAGGAUGCAGGGUGGUGUUGUCAGUGAGAAGGCGGAGGAGUCGCCGGCUACCACACAGCCCAAGGCUCAAGGUGGAGGCGCCAGUUCGAAGAAGAAGAAGAAGGGAAAGCGGUAG